CCUCGUUGAGCAUGCGGGAACACAAGGAGAACGUUUAACCCUGCGCGCAGUUUGUCAUUCCAACUUGUAUACAACAUUACCCAGUUAAAAACCCGUCCUUUUAAUGCAACUUCGCCGUUAUUUUGCCGUGAAGAAUACUGCUUUGAAGAUUCUCUCUCCCCCCCACACCCCCAAUCUAUCUCUUUCAAACUGGUGCACAGGGGUUUGGUGGAGGUGAAUGUGACCACUCCGAUAAUCUGCAGUGACUUUGAGUAUGGCCUUAGCUGGAUGCCCAGACUAUUUUCUCCACCAUCCAAAGUACCAGGACAAUGUUGACCACACCGCCUCUCACAGACCAUCCAAACUCAUUGGUUCAAGCUUUCAGCAGUCUUCCAAUCGGAGCUCUCCUAAUCAACCAGCUAUAGAUGACGAUGUUGAUCUUGAGGCCCUGGUGAAUGACAUGGCCUCUCUUUCAUCCUAUGAGAGCCUUUAUACAACCUGCGGAGCCCAGCAUUCGGAAUCCGCCCCCCUCUUGCAUAGCAGUGAUGACAGUGGAGUCCAUGGCAACAGAGUGGCCUCAUUGCCACAGGCUCCUAGUAAUAAAGUGACGGCCCUCCACUCUCCUGCCCAAAAGCUCCGACGAUCUCAGCCCAUGCACAUACAGGCUGUCAGACGUCUGCAAGCAGAAGAGCUACGGGAUCGUCCAGUUUCUUUGCCAGCGAUUCCGAACCCUUUCCCUGAGCUGUGCAGCCCGUCAGGAUCUCCUGUGCUCAGCCCUGGAUCUUUGCCUCAGCCAUCAGAGUCUCAUAUUAUCAAGGUUUUCAGUGAAGAUGGUGUGGGAAAAGUCGUGGAAGUCCCUGCUGAUAUGACAGCCAGAGAUGUAUGUCAGUUCCUAGUCUACAAAAGCCACUGCCUAGAUGACAAUUGCUGGUCACUAGUGGAGCAUCACUCCUUACUUGGUUUGGAAAGGUGUCUGGAAGAUCAUGAGCUGGUGGUCCAGGUGCAGGCCUGCAUGUGUCCAGAAAGCAAGUUCCUCUUCAGAAAGAACUACGCCAAGUAUGAGUUCUUCAGAAACCCGCUGAACUUCUUUCCAGAGCAGAUGGUAGCAUGGUGUCAAGAAUCGAAUGGUUCUAUCCCGCAGUCACAGCUGUUACAGAAUUUCUUGAAUUCCAGUAGUUGUCCAGAAAUCCAGGGCUUCCUUUAUAUGAAGGAGACAGGCCGCAAGUCCUGGAAGAAAAUGUACAUGUUUUUGCGUCGUUCUGGACUGUACUAUUCUACAAAAGGAAUGUCAAAGGAGCCAAGGCACCUGCAGUUACUGUCCGACUUGGAGGAAAGCAAUAUUUUUACUGUUACGACUGGCAAAAAGAUGCACAAUGCUCCCACUGACUACCAGUUCUGCAUUAAGCCCAGUAAGGGCAGGACUGAACUGAAGGAGUUGAAGAUGUUGUGUGCUGAAGACGAACGGAGCAGAACAUGCUGGAUGACUGCUUUUAGACUGCUUAAGUUUGGAAUUCUGCUAUAUCAAAACUACAAGACCCCUCAGCAGAGAAAGGAAACAGUCUCAAACUUCAGCACACCUGUGCGAAGUGUGUCAGAGAAUUCCCUGGUUGCUAUGGAUUUCUCCGGCAGAACUGGGCGUGUGAUUGACAACCCCGUCGAGGCGCAGAACGCAGCCAUGGAAGAGGGGCACACUUGGAGAAAGCGGAGUCCGAGAAUGAAUUUGCUGGGAAGCCCCAGUCCUUUACAUCCUUAUCUGUUAAGUUCAGUGAUCCACAGAACACAGUUAUGGUUCCACGGACGCAUUAUGAGAGAGGAGUCCCACAGAAUGAUUAUGCAACAAGGCCAAGUGGAUGGGUUGUUCCUAUUGCGAGACAGCCAGAGCAACCCGAAAGCUUUUGUUCUCACAUUGUGCCAUCAUCAGAAGAUUAAACACUUCCAGAUUUUACCUCUGGAGGAGGAUGGACAGGUCUUCUUUAGCCUUGAUGAUGGUUCCACCAAGUUCACAGACCUGAUUCACCUGGUAGAAUUUUACCAGCUCAACAGGGGCAUCCUGCCUUGCAAACUUAAACACCCCUGCACCAUGGUGGCCUUAUGACCCCUUGCUGAACCUUACAGAAACAUACACAAACAUACUCAAACAAAUGUAACUGAGAAACUGGAUUUUUUUUUUUUUCCCCACAAUAUGCCGACCUAACCCAUGGCUAUGAAAAAGAUUGUUUUUCUCAUUGCUCUGGGGAUAGUAUGGAAAUUUUGGGAAUAAAAAUUGGACAAACUUCCUGGGCACCCGAACCUUCUGCUUUUGUUGAGGGUGCCAUUUUUACAACCCUCUAUGUGGUGAGAUCCAUACACAAGAUUUGAAACAAAUGCGUUUUAAUCAUUCAGGACCUGACAGGAGACACCCCACCCACCCAUGCCCUGCAUAAACUGGUUACAUCAGGACAGUUUUUGUGUGCGGUGUGUCUGCGAGGACUUGCAUUGCAAAAAGUUACUUGAUGACAAUUGAUAUGUAUUUGUUAUGUUGUUAUUUCCUAAUGAAUAUUUUGCACUCUCAAGCUGAAAACAGGUGAUCCGCUUCAUCCUGAGCUUACCGUAACAACUGUUACCCAUUUGCCUUCCUCCAACCUUUCUGUCCUCCUUUUUACCCCAUCUCCCAUUUUGGUUUUCUAAACUCUCCCUUGGGAAUCCCUACGUAAUGAUUGGAUUAGUUUAGAGACAGUGACAGUCAUUACCAUUUUGAGGUGUCAUACUCUGACAUAUUCCAAGUGACAGCCAAAAACAAACGUAACCAGGUCAUACUUAUUUCAGCAUGUCCAUAUACAUGUCAGCAUGGAGGGACUAGUAGAAAGAGUUAGCGAACUUGCACUUCAAAAAAUGAUACUUGAUCGCUAUGCUUUACUAGCAUUAGAAUUAAGGGUUAAUUAAAACCUUGAAAAUAAUCACCCUUAUGUAGAAAUUAUGAAGAAUGUUGAUGCUGUUCUUUUUGUCCAUACGAUGAACUGGAACUGAGGCUGUCAGUACCUUACAUUCAAAAUCUGCAUCAACAAGGGAUUGGAACAACAUUUUUAUAUUUGGGUGAACUGUCCUUUUAAGUUUGGAGUUUUAAUCAAGUUUUUCCUUAAAGUAAUGUUUUGGGUUAAAUACUUCAUCAAUUCUAUAGACCAUAUCUUUGGGUUGCCAUGGAAGAUUUGCUGCGACUCGUCCCACAUUUUGUAAAAACAAACAAAAAAUGUCUUAAUAGCGUAUGGUGCUCUGUGGGGUAACAUAUCCCAUAUUGCCCCAUAGACUUGCAUAGUAAGUGGAUUUCUAUCAAUGUGCUUUUUGUUUGUUUCUCAGUAUGUUGAUAAAAUGUGGGAGUCGAAACCAUUUUCUGUCCACUUUAAGUGUAUUUAACCCAAAACAUAGGAAUGGAGAGCUAAGGAAUGAGGGCUUAAAGGUGCACUUAGUAAUUUUUUAUUCUUGUCGUCGUGGACUAACAGUGACCUAGUGGUGUGGCGGCAGCAUUAUUCAAACGUUUUCAGUUACCAGUACCUUUGUAGAAAUUCACUAUUCAUAGUCAGCUAUGAUUAAUUUAAUACAUGAGUGAAAGUGUCCAAUAACAAUUUACUGAGAUUUAGCAAGUACUAUUUGGCAUGUCAUGUGAUCAUAACAUGGUGGCCCCCAUUAGGGAGGAGACCCAGCCCAUGUAGAUUUAAACCACUUUUAUUAAGGUUACUGAUAUGAUGAGUCUUCAUCACAAGUGGUAAUGUUUUGAUGUAUAUACAUUUCAAAAUUACAAUUGAAUUCUUUUGGAAACACAUUUUUUAAUGCAGAAAAGAAAAUUACUGAGUGCACCUUUAAAAAUCCGGAACCACAAUCUGUUUGUUCUCAUUCUAGGAACAUAACAAAAUCCACACCAUGGUAAUCCACUGGUUUUCUUAACAUGAUGGCCUUUUUGAAAUGGCAUGAAAGUGCAGUAUCGAUUUUGCACAGUUUGUAUUUAGAGCCACCAAAACUUCCAGGCCUUUUUUUUUUUUUUUUGUGCUGCACACCAGGAGCACAUUGGACCUUAGACAUGGUCGGAUCAAUUUAUUUAAUUACAUUAAAAACAAGGCUGCGAGGGAUAGACAGUAUGUUCAGUUGGUUUGGCUUGGUGUCGAUCGUUUAGCCAAAACAUUUAGAAAAUCCGACUUUCACCCAAAAAAAAUUCCCAUGGACAAAACACUCCAUAUACCAUGAGUUGCGAAAAUUAGACGUGUUUUCGGACCAUACAACCUAUUGAACGUCCCGUUUUUAACCUGAUUAAGGUCCAUUCAAGAGGGAUUUUAUUGUUUUACUCCUCUGACUCUAGUUGGUGUUCAUUUUUAGAUGUACUUAGUAUAGCCUGAAGCUUAACAACUGCCUUUUUUAAAUCACUGUGCUGUUCUUGAGCCAUGUUCAAAUCUUUAAAGUGACAGGCCAGGAUGGAGUACGUGUCUGCAGGGACAAAUGCAUGCAUGCUUGCACGCUCUAAUAAAGACAUGGAGUUGCAAAGUCACGUCUCAUGGGCGUGUCUGUAAUCCUCCAGGGCUGUGUGACAUAAUGCGGUGAGGAGAUUAGCUCCCGUGCCAGCUUUUUGACAAAAGAAGUUUAAAGGCCAUAGCUGCUCGGCAGUUUCUAUCUGUUCUAUCUUGAUGUCCGCCUUGUUACCUUUCCAACACUGGCCCAGCAAGACUAAGCUAUAUGUCAGCCUCUCAUGGUUUUUUAUGGUAACUCUGCCUGUUAUACUGCAGAGCUAGAACCACACACGCCUGAACGACGAGAGUGUGUAGGAUGCACGCUUCGAUUGUGAAACACUUUAUGAUACCACAAAAGCACCUUGUUUUAAUUUUCACAUAAGAUUGCGUGAAAUGCUUUAAGCACAUUUUGUCAUCUCAGUGGUUAGACUCUAAGCUACUCUCGUCGUCAGUCAAGGCUUAUAUUGUGCCUUGCGUUAAGUUAGCGUUUCACCAACUUUGUCUCUUCACAUAUACAUUUCUACAAAUAUUAGGGAAGUUCUACUCAUUUAGUGUCAGGGAUUCGAAGAUGAGGUCAUGACAGUUGGCUUUUCAUCACAUGAGUGUUUCAACGCUAUAUUCAUUGUGCUUUUUACAUACAUUUUAGUCACAAUUCCAGCCUGCACAAGUUAGACAAGGGUACCAGGAUACGGUAUGUUCUAACUGAAUACAUUGGGAUGGUAUCUGAUUCAAAUGCUUGAUGUUUGUUUGUAUUGUAUUGGAGAACCUAAGUGGCUCGAUGUUAUGAAAAGCCAAACAUGCAUCUGAAAUAUUAACUAGCCUCUCUUCUCCUACAUUGAUUAUGCAAUUUUGCUUGUCCUUUGCACCCAGGUAACUGAAUUCUCUUUGAAUCAGGACACAGCAAACAAAGCCCACAACAACGGAACACGUUUAUUUCAAAUCAUCGUUGACCUAAAAUUUUCAAGUAAUGUAAUGAAUAAGAAAUUUGACCGUGGGUAAAAAGACAGUGUUAGAUAUCAUCUGUGCUACCAUGUGGAGAGAGUGUUUAUUUCAUAUGUGUAUUUGGUUCAUGUGCCGUUGUCUAUUAAAAAUGUACAAAUGUUUUUUUACAGUCACAGCUCUCUUCUAAGUAUGUGAAGCCUAAGGAGAGGUAGUAGAUCUAACACUGUAUCUAUAGCUAUAUAAAUGUGUGCUCCAAAUCAAAAUGAAGAUAUUAUGCAUAAAGUGCAAAUUAUGCAUAUUCCCUCUCGACUUGUACCAGUGUGGAUAAUUUUAGCUUAUAUUGUGUUUUAAUUUGUCACUUUUUAUAAAGAGUAUAUA